ACACAUGAGAAAUCGAUGUACAAGUCAAAUUCAUUGACCGAAGAAGGAUGCAGGCUUUAUCUCUUCUUUAAUUCUCUUUAAUAUUACAUGGCAAGGUAGCUGGGGAGAUUUUAAUUUCAGCCAUUUUCUUCAUAUGUAAAAAGGGCAUGAAACUGCUAAAGACAACAGUUCUCUUAUUCUCUAUAAAUACAAAGUAAUCUCACCAUGUUAAUCAAUCAACAAUGGCACCUGCCCUCCUCUUCCUCACAUUAGCGACCAUAUGCAACCUCAGCGGGGCUGCAACCUUGCCCAAAUUCUCCAGCAUUCUUAUCUUCGGCGAUUCGACGGUUGAUACUGGUAACAACAACUACGUGAAGACAGUGUUCAGAAGUGACCAUCCACCGUAUGGCCGAGAUUUUCCAGGCCACGUUCCUACAGGAAGGUUUUCUAACGGAAAACUCAUUCCUGACUUUACAGCCAGCAUCCUCGGGAUGGAAGAAACUGUUCCGCCUGUCCUCAGUCCAAGCCUAACCGAUGACGAUAUUCGCACCGGCGUGUGUUUUGCUUCGGCAGGAUCAGGAUACGACGUCAUGACGACGGUGGCAUCCGGAGCCAUCCCAAUGUACGAGCAACUUGAGUUAUUCCAGAACUAUAUUACAAGACUCAGGGGAAUUGUUGGAGAAGAGGAGGCCAAGAAGAUACUUGGCAGAGCUUUCAUCAUUGUUAGUUCAGGCACUAAUGACUUGAUUUACAACUAUUAUGAUAUACCCACAAGACGGUAUCAGUUCAACAGUAUCAGUGGUUAUCAUGAUUAUCUGCUGAGUUCUUUACAAAAUUUUGUGCAGGAACUGUACAAUCUUGGUGGCCGUUUAAUGGCGAUUGCUGGCCUUCCUCCAAUUGGGUGUUUGCCUAUUCAGAUAGUCACAAGAUAUGGGAGUUCAGGGAAUCUAGCAUGUCUAGAAGAUCAAAAUUCAGACUGUCAAGCCUAUAAUAAAAAACUUAAAAGGUUACUACCUCCAUUGCAGUCAUCACUUCCAGGAAGCAGAAUUCUCUAUGCAGACAUUUACGACCCAUUAUCUGACAUGGUUUCCCAGCCACAAAAAUACGGUUUUGUCGAGACACAUAAAGGGUGCUGCGGAACAGGGGUUGUUGAAGCAGGAUCAACCUGUAACAAAGCGACACCAACAUGUGGAAAUGCUUCUCAGUUCAUGUUUUGGGAUGCUAUCCAUCCAAGUGAAUCAGCCUACAAGUUCCUAACCGAAUAUCUAGAGAAAAAUAUCAUUUCCCGAUUCAAUCCCAUAUGAUCACAGCUUCUCUCAGCUUGUACUGUAACUUUUUAAACACUUCAUACUCCACAAAGAAGGGGGCAAUUUUAAAAAGAGAAAUAAGUUAUGAUAUUCUAUGUUUCUUUGCACUAUCAA